CAAACACCUGUCCAUCACAAGUCCCACCAUUUCCUAGCACCCUCGAGGCUCAUUACAGGAUAGCAUCCACAGACACAUCAGAGUGAGUGACGUCCAUUUUCCCCAGCUUGCUAGCUCGCGUGAGUUUGUGCGCGCCAGCCACGGCGCGCUGACCAUGACGACCCCACUGGCUCGGCCGGCCAACACCUGUCAUUGUCGUCCUGCUGCUGCUUUCCUCACUCUCACUUCUUCCCUACACUCCUCACAAAGUCUUUCGCAUUGACUCGUUUCGUUCAAGCUACCCUUCAACAAUGGCUCCUCCUCCUCCUGCAAACCUUCCUCUCCAGGAGCGCUUGCUCCAGCUCGUGCAGACACUGCAGUUUGCUUGGUUCGCCGGCCAUGUCACCCUCCUGCUGUCUUCGGUCCGCUACGCUCUCUCGUACCUGACCUUCCACGCAAACUCAAAGUGGGCCAUCUUCUCCUACCGCACCGCUUUUGUCGCUGCCGCUGCCACGUACGGUAUUGUCGUCUUUAAGAGCUUCCGCGCUCGUGCUCGUGCCGGCAAGCCCCAGGGCGGUGCUUUCCAGAUCAUCGGUGAUGAGAAUGUCCAAUACCUGGCCAUGGCUUUGAUCUGGCUCUGGUCCCGUCAGAUCCCCCUUGCCGUUCUGCCCUUCGCCGUCUACUCCAUCUUCCAUGUCGCAACUUACACCAGAUCCAACCUUCUGCCCACCAUCCAGCCCCAACCUGCUGUCGCUGCUGGCGAGAAGCCCAAGUCUUCUGGCCUCGCCGACACCAUUGGCAACUUCGUUAAGAACUACUACGAUUCGUCUAUGACUCUUGUUGCUAUCCUCGAGAUUGCUCUCUGGUUCCGUCUGGGAUUCUCCGCUCUCCUUUUCCAAAAGGGUUCCUGGGUCCUGAUUGCCGUCUACACCAUCUUCCUCAGAGCUCGCUUCCACCAGAGCACCUUCGUCCAGCAGGCCGUUAACCAGCUGACUGCUCGCGGUGACGCCAUUGCCAACCGCCAGGACUUGCCUCCUGCCGUCAGACAGGUCUGGGACGGUGUCAAGGGUGGCAUCAAGCAGGCUGCUGACCUCACCGACAUUAACCGCUACGCUGGCGCUCAGCAGCAGGGUGUCCCCAAGAAGACCCAGUAAAUCAAUCUUGUCGCCUGGCUCCGGCCAUAAGCAAUGUUGAUGAAAUGGCGGCCCGAGAGUACACCUCAGCACGCCAAAGACCAUGACAAAGAACCACAAUCGAAGAGGCGAUGCACAUAACGACGCUCUUGAUGAUGACCAAAAGUUGAUAGAAGGGGAGGUGAAGUGGCGGCUGUGUCAGCAAGCUGCCUGGAGGUAGUGGAGGAUGAGAAGACUGACUCUUGUUCAUGAUUAGUGCAGACAGCGAUACCUGAUUUUUCAUUCCUAACACUCUUCACGUCGUCUCCACUUUCCCUUCUCGGUUUGACCCAUAGUAGUGAUCAUCUGGAUCUGCAAUACUAACGCCUCAUUUCUCGAGCUGCAAAGUAGUUCGCUUGAAGAAGGGUCACCAAUACGCCUCAAACACAUGACGCAUCCAGUGUAACAUUACCUGGUUGCACAAUCUGGC